UUUUCCUGGAAAAACCCCUUUGAUCAGUUCUUCUUUUUGCUUAUCUAUAAUUUUCUAAUCUCCCAACACCUCUGCAACUCUAAUCUUGCUUCUUGCUCCUCUUGUUUAUGGAGAAUCAAGAUCACGGAAACUAUCACUCCCAAGUUGAUGCAAAGAUCAUGCAACGGCGUCGUUCGGAGAAAGGUAUCGGAGGAAUAGGAGCAACGUCCACUAGAUCUGAAGACGAAGUAUUUUCCGAUGCGGUGACGGAAUUUCAAGACACCGGGUUUGAUUUGGAUGCGCAUAAUGCCGGUGAAGAUAACAAGUUUGCUGACAAGGAUCUUACGCCCGCCAUUUCUUUUAAAGAUUGUGAAGAUAUUGGGAUCCUUAGAUCACCUCUGAAUUCAGCUGACGGGAGCCAAAAGGAAAAUCCGGUUCUGAAAAGCAUGCCUAUUCUCCCGACAGACGCGCCUGAGCAUAAUGAUGUUGGCCUGAGCUAUGGUAGAGAUUCUGAAGAUAAAAAUGGUUCUUCUGGUGAUGUGGUCUCGAUCAAAAUGGAAACAGUAAAGGGUGUAUCGGAAGAGAGUAGGGAAGCCGGUGCUGAUGCCAAUGAGAAUGAAGACAGCAAGCCAAACGAAAAUCUAUCAAGUGACUCGGUUGAGCCUGGCAAACAUGGUGGCGAAUUAUCUGAAACGGAAUCUAUUAUGGAGAAAAGUCAGGAUGUAACUUCAGAUAUGGUUCAAUUGAAGGAAGAUUGUAGUGAUAAGUUGUCUUCUAAUACACCUAUGAGCGGAAAUGGUGAGCAAGAGACGGAUGGAAAGGGAAACCCCGGAGUUACUUUCGAAGAAAAUCUAAUGGAUGCAAGUUUAAAAUCCAAAAGUACUGAGGAUUUAACUUCUGAGACUGGUUUAGCUGACAAAACCGUUGAAUUAGAGGAGAAUAGUGACAAAUUGGCCCUCAACAUGGUCGUUGGUGAUCUUUCAACAAAAGCCGAGUCCUCAAAAGAUAUUAAUGUGCCAACAGAUACCUUUGAAAUACAGACUGAUGCUGCACGCGUUACAGAUUCGUCCAUUGAUGUUGAUUCAAACAAGAUUGAAGAGAAAAAGGAAAAGGAAAAAGGAAGUGUUUAUGUGCUCUCUGUUCCCGAUGAUAUUCCUGUUGUAGAUGAUGCUGAAAUUAAGCUAGUUGGUUUUAAAGAUCAUAAGGGAGUUGAGUUAUUCCAAUCCGAGGCCUUAGCUUCGGAAGAAAUAAUCCUUGAUAAGGAAGAUGAAGUCAAAGACUGUGCUUCACGGGAGAAAUCCGAUACUUUUGUGUCGAAUCCAAUGGAUGAAGACAUCGUUACGGAAGAUAGCUAUAAGCUUGGUCUAAAUAAUGAAGCUAUCGUUAAAGAACUGCACUUUAUCGGGAAUGCUGAUGCAAUUCAGAUCGAUAGAGGGUCAGAUGCACUGUCUCCUGUUGAUGCUGAUUCAACUAAGAAUGAGGACGAGGAAGUUUGGUUCCUCGAAGAACAAAAGCCGGUUUAUGUUGCUGGUGAUUUACAUAAAGGCUCCAAUGCAUUUUCUCCUGUUGAUGCUGUUACAACCGAGAAUGAGAAGGAUCAGGAAGUCCAAUCUCUCAAAGAACAGCAACCAAUUUAUGUUGCUGAUGACUUACAUCGGACUGGUUUUCCAGGAAGCAUGAUAAAUGAUGUACCUGAUGCGAAACCUAUGGUUACAGAUGCUGAUGUUGGGGCUGGAAAGUUAGAUAAUGUAGUCGGAGAUGAAAAUAAUACUAAAGACAUGGGAACAUCAUGUGAAUUUGAUAAUAGUUAUUCGCGUACUAAUCCAGCAUCGGACUUGCUUGAAGUUGAUGAUUCUGAUGAUGCCAGGACAAGAAAAACCCAAAAGUUCGAUAUCAAUGAAGAUGAAGGCAGGGAUGGACCAGACAAGGGACACGUUUCAAUGAAUACUGAAUCUACAUCCGAAUCGAUUAGCACUCAUCACCAAUCCGUAAUUGUCAUCGAGGAACAGAAUGAGCCUGAAGGCCUGCAGUCGGAUAUAGUUUCUAACAUUCAAGAUGACAAAAAGGAGUCUGAAACAAAUAGCUAUGACAAGGAACAUAGAGAGAGUGCCAUAAAAAAUCUAAUGGCUUUUGCCGUAGACAAUAGUGAACCGAACAAGAUCGAGAGAACAUCAGUCGACCAGUUGAAGAAAGAGUUGAUUCAUUCUGGUGCUGUCAAUGAUAGCCAUACUGGAGAGUCUGGAGCUGCUGCUUCUCAGACUAGCGCUGUAAUUUUGCAAAGGGUAGCCGAUAGUGGAUCUGUUAAACCUCAACGAUACAACCAUAGGUGAUGUUUCGAUCGAUUCUAGUAGUCGAACUGAUAGUUUGGAAGGCCACUGGGGAUCUGUUUCAGUUCUCUCAACCCAAUCCGACAACCCGGCUGCCAUCGACUCUGAGACUUUACCAUCUACCGGAUCACAAGCACUUUCAGAAGCAGAGAAAGCAAACAUAAAGAAGUCAAAACUGGCAUCUGAAGAACAUUUGGAUGAAUCCAGCGAGUUCGAGCCACCAUCUUUCAUGACAUUGGUUGAAGGUGGAGGCAGUCGUGACCCUAAAGACACCGCUGUUGCCGAAACCCCGACAGAACAGAAUGCCGAAAACCCUAGAGCCGGCUGGUUCCCUUCACUUACCCAUGUGGCCAAUGAGUCUCAAGGAAGAAAAAAGAAUGAAAAGAUCAUAGAAAAGGUGGCUAACUGGAAUGCAAACAGGCACAGUCCUCUGAAUAACUUAGCCAAUGAUAGUGAACCCAAACCCAAGUCCUCUAACUCGAACCUGAACCCGAACCCAGCUGUCUUGGGUCCAAGAGAGGAUAGAACCAUGGGUGCCAAAGUGAGCUCAACGGUGGACCCUGAAACACCUAUGGCUGAGCCAACCAAAGUUGAAACACAGAAAGAAUGGAACUCUCCUCCAGGGUAUCCAUCUGGUAUUAAGAGAGA